CGCAGGUUGAGGAGGGGAGGGGGAAAAAGAAAGAGACAUGGCAACAGCAGCACUGCGGAUGAGGGGCAGCAGGGGAAGGGCCUGAAGAAGCGCCCCUUUAGUGAUGGUGGUGGGCUGAGGGUUGGCUGGUUGGGGGCGCGCGAGAGAGAAAGAGAGGGAGAGAGAGAGGGAGCGUGCGCGGGUGCGCGAGUGACUGACAGACGGGAGGAGGACGGGCGCGGGUGUGCACGCGCGCGCGAAAGAGAGAGAGAGAGAGGGCGGGAAGGAGGGAGGGAAGGAAGGAAGGAAGGAAGGGCGCGUGCCUGCCUGUGGCGCGUGGGGCUCCUUUCCUCUCUGCCCGUUCCGGACCCGCGUUGGGUGGGUGGCCUCCGCGCCCGUCCCAGGCGCCUCUUCGAGGGAGAGAGGAGCGCGUGGCGUGGCGUGGCGUGUGGUUCCUGGGGCGCGGGGCCGGGGCCGGGCGAUGCGUUGGAAGGAACGUGCCGCUGGCGUCUGGCUCCGGGAGCCGCUCGGGCGCCCUCCUCUCCCUCCUCCUCCUCCUCCUCUUCACGCCUUCUCCCCGCGCAGACCGAGCCUUUCCCCGCUUCUCUCGCCAGGAAGCAGCAGCAGCAGGAGCAGCAGCGGCGCCGCGGGGACCGUCAUGCCUCCUCCUCCGACCGCCGCCGGAGCCCCUUCCCGCCUCUCCCGCCGCUAGAGCGCCCGGAAUACCGCCUCCCUCCCCGCCUUUCUCUCUCGCAAUCUCUCUCCACCCAGAUGCCAUCGCUGUAUUCGCUGCAGCGUUAGAACCACCUUGCGUUGCCCCCCCCCCCCCCCCCCAUACACCACCGCCACCACUUGAAAGGGAAGGAGCAAAUGGAAUGAAUGAUCUCCGUGUGGAUCCUGUGCACGUUGCGACCCCCCUUUUUCCCCUCGCACGGUCUGAUUCAUCUCUCCCCGGCGUGAAUUUGCAGCACCACGUCAAGACACGAGCCUUCUCCUCGCCAGGAAGAGGUUAUCCUUCCUCCGCUGGUGUGCCUCGCCCCCUCCCCAUUGGCUCCCCCGGCCUCGCUCUCCUUAUGUGGAUAUGCCAGCGAGAAGACCAGACUGGAGACUCCCAACAUGCUCACUACUCCCUUAAUCUGUCCGCCUAGAGGUUCUGCUUCUACAAACCAAGGGAGUGCAAGAGCUGAAGAUGAGGCCCAGAGCAGAGUGCUACUCUUCAAAGUUCUGGCUUAUGCUGGCGGUCUUAGCAACAACAGGUGGUGGGAUCUGGGCCCAAAAGAACCACCCCAGCAUUGGCAUUGCGGUCAUCUUGGUGGGCACCUCUGACGAAGUAGCUAUCACAGAUGCCCACAAGAAAGAUGACUUCCACCACCUCUCUCUCGUGCCUCGUGUGGAACUGGUGGCCAUGAAUGAGACAGAUCCCAAGAGCAUCAUCACCCGCAUCUGUGAUAUCAUGUCUGACCGGAGGGUUCAAGGUGUGGUGUUUGCUGAUGAUACGGACCAGGAAGCCAUUGCCCAGAUCCUGGACUUCAUUUCUGCCCAGACCCUCACACCCAUUCUAGGUAUCCAUGGAGGCUCUUCCAUGAUCAUGGCAGAUAAGGAUGAAUCAUCCAUGUUCUUCCAAUUCGGCCCAUCAAUAGAACAACAGGCUUCUGUCAUGCUCAAUAUCAUGGAAGAAUAUGACUGGUACAUCUUCUCCAUUGUCACUACCUACUUUCCUGGUUAUCAGGACUUUGUGAACAAGGUCCGCAGCACUAUUGAAAACAGCUUUGUGGGCUGGGAGCUAGAAGAAGUACUCUUGCUGGACAUGUCUUUGGAUGAUGGGGACUCAAAGAUCCAGAAUCAGCUCAAGAAACUUCAGAGUCCUGUCAUCCUCCUUUACUGCACUAAGGAAGAAGCUACCUAUAUCUUUGAGGUGGCCAACUCUGUGGGUCUGACUGGGUAUGAUUACACAUGGAUUGUGCCCAGUUUGGUAGCUGGAGAUACAGACACUGUGCCCUCUGAAUUCCCCACUGGACUUAUUUCUGUAUCUUACGAUGAAUGGGACUAUGGUCUUCGUGACAGGGUGAAAGAUGGAAUAGCCAUAAUAACCACAGCCGCCUCUGACAUGCUGUCUGAGCACAGCUUCAUUCCUGAGCCUAAGAGUAGUUGCUACAACACACAAGACAAGAGGAUCUACCAAUCCAACAUGUUGAAUAGGUACCUGAUUAAUGUCACCUUUGAAGGAAGGAAUUUGUCUUUCAGUGAGGAUGGCUACCAGAUGCAUCCCAAAUUGGUUAUCAUCCUUCUGACAAAGUCAAGGACGUGGGACAGGGUGGGAUGGUGGAAGGACAAGCGCCUCAAGAUGAAGUAUUAUGUGUGGCCACGUUCAGAACUGUACCCUAACUGCGAGGAGCGCGAGGAUGACCAUCUUAGUAUUGUGACUCUAGAAGAAGCUCCAUUUGUAAUAGUGGAAAAUGUGGAUCCGCUAAGUGGUACCUGCAUGCGAAACACUGUCCCGUGCCAAAAACGAAUUGUAUCAGAGAACAAGACAGAUGAGGAAACUGCCUAUAUCAAAAAAUGUUGCAAAGGAUUUUGUAUCGAUAUUCUUAAGAAAAUCUCAAAGUUUGUGAAGUUCACCUAUGACCUUUACUUGGUAACAAAUGGUAAACAUGGCAAGAAGGUCAAUGGGACAUGGAAUGGAAUGAUAGGCGAGGUGGUUGCCAAACGUGCCUACAUGGCAGUGGGAUCCCUCACCAUAAAUGCAGAGCGAUCGGAAGUUGUUGACUUUUCUGUGCCCUUCAUUGAGACAGGCAUCAGCGUAAUGGUGUCGCGAAGCAAUGGAACUGUCUCACCUUCUGCCUUCUUAGAACCAUUCAGUGCUGACGUGUGGGUGAUGAUGUUUGUAAUGCUGCUUAUAAUCUCUGCGGUGGCUGUCUUUGUCUUUGAAUACUUCAGCCCUGUGGGAUAUAACCGAUGUCUGGCGGAUGGCAGAGAGCCAGGUGGUCCUUCUUUCACCAUUGGCAAAGCAAUCUGGUUGCUGUGGGGUCUGGUUUUCAACAACUCUGUGCCGGUGCAGAAUCCCAAGGGAACAACUAGCAAGAUCAUGGUAUCUGUGUGGGCCUUCUUUGCUGUCAUCUUUCUGGCCAGUUACACUGCCAAUUUGGCUGCCUUCAUGAUCCAGGAGGAAUAUGUGGACCAGGUGUCUGGACUGAGCGACAAAAAGUUUCAAAAUCCAAAUGCUUUUUCACCUCCUUUUCGUUUUGGGACAGUUCCUAAUGGCAGUACAGAGAGGAAUAUUCGCAACAAUUAUGAACUGAUGCAUGCUUAUAUGGUGAAGUUCAACCAAAGAUCGGUACAAGAUGCAUUGUCCUCACUGAAAACAGGGAAGCUGGAUGCUUUUAUCUAUGAUGCAGCUGUGCUAAACUACAUGGCUGGCAGAGAUGAAGGCUGCAAGCUGGUGACAAUUGGCAGUGGGAAGGUCUUUGCUUCCACAGGGUAUGGCAUUGCCAUCCAGAAGAAUUCAGGCUGGAAACGUCAAGUGGAUCUGGCAAUCUUACAGCUUUUUGGUGAUGGAGAGAUGGAGGAGCUUGAAGCUCUCUGGCUCACUGGCAUUUGCCAUAAUGAGAAGAAUGAAGUCAUGAGCAGCCAGCUGGACAUAGAUAACAUGGCUGGAGUCUUCUAUAUGUUGGGGGCAGCCAUGGCUCUCAGUCUUAUCACCUUCAUCGCCGAACAUCUCUUUUAUUGGCAAUUCCGCCACUGCUUCAUGGGUGUCUGCUCUGGCAAACCUGGUGUUGUUUUCUCCAUCAGCAGGGGUAUUUACAGCUGCAUUCAUGGAGUGGCUAUUGAAGAUCGUCAUUCUUCAAUGAACUCCCCCACUGCCACCAUGAACAAUACCCAUUCUAAUAUUCUGCGCCUGCUCCGAACAGCAAAGAACAUGGCAAACCUUUCAGGGGUCAAUGGCUCACCACAAAGUGCCCUGGAUUUCAUUCGCCGUGAAUCAUCUGUCUAUGAUAUCUCAGAGCACCGCCGCAGCUUCACACACUCUGACUGCAAAUCUUAUAACAACCCACCCUGUGAAGAGAACCUUUUUAGUGAUUACAUUAGUGAAGUAGAAAGGACCUUUGGGAAUUUACAGUUGAAAGAAAGUAAUGUUUACCAAGACCAUUAUCACCACCACCAUCGCCCCCAUAGCAUAGGCAGUGCCAGCUCUUUAGAUGGUUUGUAUGACUGUGAUAAUCCACCUUUCUCUGCCCAGCCUCGGCCCCUCAGUAAGAAGCCAUUAGAUAUUGGUUUGCCACCAUCCAAACAUGGCCCGCUAGGUGAUAUUUAUGGAAAGUUGUCUUUCAAGAAUGAUCGGUACGGUGGAGGAGGGGGUCAUGAUGACUUGAUCCGUUCAGAUGUCUCAGACAUAUCUACUCAUACAGUGACUUAUGGCAACAUUGAGGGCAAUGCUGCAAAGCGACGAAAACAGCAGUAUAAGGAUAGUUUAAAGAAACGGCCUGCUUCAGCUAAGUCACGGAGAGAGUUUGAUGAGAUUGAGUUGGCCUAUCGUCGGCGUCCCCGAUCCCCAGAUCACAAACGUUACUUCAGGGACAAGGAAGGGCUGAGAGAUUUCUAUUUGGACCAGUUCCGGGCUAAGGAGAACUCACCGCACUGGGAGCAUGUCGAUCUGACAGAUAUUUAUAAAGAGAGGGGAGAUGACUUCAAACGUGAUACGAUAGGGGGAGCAGGGACAUGCACUAAUCGGACCCACCACAAACAUGGGUCAGGGGAGUUUGGAGCAAACAAUGAGCACAAGCACAGUGUUGUGAGUGGGGUACCAGCACCAUGGGAGAAAAACCUCACUAAUCUUGAUUGGGAGGAACGACCAGGGGCUAAUUAUUGCCGCAGUUGCCCAUCUAAGCUGCACAACUACACUCCAACAGUGGUGGGACAGAACUCCACCCGUCAGCCAUGCAUCCGGUGUGAAGCCUGCAAAAAGGCAGGCAACCUCUAUGACAUCAGUGAGGACAACUCCCUUCAAGAGCUGGAUCAGCCCUCUGCUCCUGUGCCAGUGGCAACCAGCACCUCCACUACCAAGUAUCCUCAGAGCCCUUCCAACUCUGCCUCCAAAGUGCAGAAGAAGAAUCGCAACAAGCUCCGCCGGCAGCACUCCUAUGACACCUUUGUGGAUCUGCAAAAGGAAGACCCAUCCUUGGCACCCCGUAGUGUGAGCCUGAAAGACAAGGGCCGAUUUUUGGAAGGAAGUCCCUAUGCCCAUAUGUUUGAGAUGCCACCAAACGAGUCCACAUUUGUCAACAACAAGUCCUCAGUGCCCGCUACCAGCCACCACCUCCACAACAAUCCUGGCAUUGGUGGUGGUUAUAUGCUCAGCAAGUCGCUCUACCCUGACCGGGUCACUCAAAACCCUUUCAUCCCCACUUUUGGGGAUGACCAGUGCUUGCUCCAUGGCAGCAAAUCCUAUUUCUUCAGGCAGCCUGUGGUGGCAGCAGGGCCCAAGGCCAGGCCAGACUUCCGAGCCAUUGUCACCACCAACAAGCCGGUGGUCUCAGCCCUUCAUGGGGCUGUGCCAGCCCGUUUCCAGAAGGACAUCUGUAUAGGGAACCAGUCAAACCCCUGUGUGCCUAACAACAAAAACCCCAGGGCUUUCAAUGGCUCCAGCAACGGGCAUGUUUAUGAGAAACUUUCCAGUAUUGAAUCUGAUGUCUGAGUGAUGGGGAAAAGCAUGGGAGGGGAUGGUACAGGAAAUGCAAAGUGUGGGAGGGGCAGGUGGUGGGUUCAGACCUAGUUCCCAUUUGCUACUCUUCUGCUACUCUUUUUUUCUUCAUGGAAUAUUGGAGGUCUGCUUAGGCAGCACUGAUGAGAAGUGCCACCUCUUUCUUUCCCCAUUCCCUCACCCCUGACUAUCUCUUUUCAUUUCCCCACUCGCAGUUCCAUUCCUGGUCAUCACAUGUCAAAGCUUAGUAGCUUAGCUUGUGUUUUCACAAUUGGAAAUGCAGGGCAUGGAAGAGAUGAGGUCGACAUACGAAUGGGGCAACAGUCACAGAAUUUCAAGGUUUCUUAGCAUCAGACUGUGAUAGUUGGUACAGAUAUGAGAACGUGGCAUAAGGUGAAAGGUAGAAGAGAUUAAAUGGGCACAAAGAAGUUGUAAUCUUUGUCUUUUGAAACAGAAUUGAUGGGAUACAAAAUAGUGUGGCAUCAGCGUUAUGCAGUAUAUGCUGAUAGCAUGCAGAGAUCCAUUCAGUUCUUUUAUAACCCUGUGGGUUAAAGUCUGAAAUAUGGGUCAGUGCAUAUAUAGGUGUGUCAACAUGUGCUGAAAUCUUGGCAUGUUUAUGAGGAGGAGGGAUGGUUCAACAAAUGCACAGCUGCAGCCAGUAGUCCAGUUGUCAUAAUUAAGUGAGAACACUCCUAAAAGAUAAAUUGGACUUAUAGAAGUGAAUACCAAUGAGACCAGGUGAAUCCCAGAAAAUGUCUUUGGAAAAUUAAAAAAAAAAAAAGAGUGCCCAAGGGAGGGGAGAGAGGCAAUUUUCCCUACUCAUAAACAACUCAUUCUUAAUUUUGAAAUCAUGAACUCUCAAAUGUGGGUUGGUUUAUGCACAAGCAUAUUACAUGAACAUCAAUGAUGAAAACAAAAAGAAGAAAAAUAGCAUCACUAAGAUAUUUAGUUGACAAAUCCAGCAGAGCAAGCCUUUGCAAUAUAGGGGAAUAUAAAGGGCAAAUAAAAAGAAUGAAAGAAUGAAAAGGAAAACAGGCUCGAGAACUCAGAAAAGUCUAUUGUUGUUCAGAUAGACUGAUUGUGGGAGAGUGGAAUCAGCCAUCUUUCCCUCUUAUUUCUUAUCAUAUAGAGUGAGUUUGUGAGAAUAAUGAAAAGGCUUUCUCUGCUGUUGGUGCUGAAGCAUUACUUUGGAGCAGAAAGUGCAAGAAGAUGGUGCUGCUGGUGGAAAUAGGGCCAGCACAACUCAGACAUGUGUAUAUGUAUAUUUAUUGAAUAUAUACUUAUAUUUGAUAAUUAUAGUGUUGUGGAAAUAUAUGGCUUGUCUUCCACAGGGCAAUAGGUGAAGAAACAUCAGAUCCCAUAGGUGUUGUGGUGGGGGCUGGCAAGCAGAGGUACAAAGCAGUAGGGUAGAAAACUAAGGAAGAGAUGAGGAGGUGCUACGCUGAACAAGUGGGAUUUUUUUUAUCUAGCAACUUCAGAGUUGUGCUGGCCCUGUUUGCAGCACAUAUAGUAUUGGUAAUCACAGUUUUGCUGCUGUGGAAGACUUCUGUAAAUGCAAGUUAAAACUAUGUACAUGAUAGAAGUGAAAUUGUUUUCAUUUACAGCAGGAACCCUCAGGUAAGGGCAAUGGGUCCACUGUUGCUUCCCAAAUAUGUGGCAAAGUGUUUCACUUUUUCAUGGGUCUGCUCUUCAGCUUUCCUAGCAGGAAAGGAGAGUGACAAGUGCUCUUUUGCUAUAUCUAGCACAUUGCAGUUGAACUGGAUGCAUGGAGAGGCACAGGCCCUGAACUUUGAAAGCAGCCAAUUUUUUUCAAGCCACAUUUCCUGCAGCUGUUCCUUCUCUCAUUAUCCUUCUAACCACAGCCCACUUGGCUUCAUCUUAACACCUUUCUUGCAUUUACACCAAUUGAAGGCCUUGCUUUUGGGGUAGAAGGGGUAAGAAUGAACCUGGACAUUUGUGAAAUGGGAAUUCUUCUCCCACUUGUAGAUUUUCUGAGUAAGUUAUGGAAGGGGCAGUGCCCUCUCUAUGGCUGGAAGAGCUGAAUAAUUUGCAGUUCCUCUGCUUCCUCCCCUCUGAAGAAAGCGAUACUUGCCUGGCAAUCUGCAGAACAAAAAAUGGCAAUGCUGAAUCUUCUGACAAGGGCAGCUGAGAAGGCAUUCAUUUCAUUUGUAAAUAAGGUUUUUUUCUAUUUUGUUUUGUAUAAACUAGCGCUUCUCUUGUGAAUAUUCAGGUUUAGAGAGGAGAGGGGUUUUAGGUUGUGUUUCCCCCCUACAACUUUCAGGCUGGAAGUAGUUUUAUGUGUGCCCAGGCCAUUAAAAUGGUGGAGAAUGAAAAAUUGCAUGCAUUGAAUACCUCUUUCUAACCUGCAGCCAUCACAUUUUUUCCUUCAUGGUCAGAAAAUGCCAUUUCAUCAAUUUUAGCCUUGCUAGUGUUUGUGACAAUAGAAGCACACCACCUCCUUUCUUUGAUUAUAAACUAACUCCAUGGCAUAAUCUUUCCCUGGAACACUAGUCCUGAGACUUUAUGCUGUUUUUUCAUGGUGAUGGGGUGAACCAUCAUUUUGAAUGUUCAGUUUAGAUCAUCACCCAGCACUACAGGGACUUCUCCAAAGUUAUGUUGGCUUGGAAACCUUGAGAAUGGGAAAUGCCCCCAGUUUACUAGUACUUAAGGUUUAUUUGAGCUGAGUUUGACUGUACUGAUAAGCCUGCCACUGGUGGCUAUUUCAGUAUUCCCAUCCCUUCAGCUGAAACCAAAAACAUUAGAAAAACAUACUUCGGAGAAAAAUUGAAGUAAAAAACAAACCAAAAAAGAUGCUAACUGAACUCUCAGAAUGAUUCCAGAGUUGUGUUUUAGGUUAAGGUUCACUGUUACUCUCAUUUUCAUACAACCUUUCCCCCUGAAGUUUGCUCAGUUUGAACACUGAAAAACAUGUUUACAUUUAUAGGUUUAAGUUUGAUAAUAUUCAAGUGCUUUACAAAUGUUAAUUUGUGUGCAUGGAGCAAGACAAAUGUCUCCUUUAAAGAUUACUAGAAAUGUUGGAGGACUUUCAAUGAUAUUUCAUCUGCAGGUAUCUUGUGUAUUGCCUUGACACGUAUUAGCCUCUUGGGCUUUGCCACUUAUCUUUCAUUGCAACAUACAGUUUUCGUUUUGUUGAAAUAUGACCAAGAGGGAAAAGGCUGAUUGUUUGAAUCACACAUAUAAGUGACACUUGGAACACCAAUUGAUAUUUAAGAGUGCUAUUUUGCUGAAAAUAUCAAGUGAACAUGACAGAAAAUGUUAAUAUCAGGUGUCUGUUUAUGCUAGAGUGAAGGCAGUAAUGCUGGUUUCUUAAUUUGCCAAAAUUCCAAGACUUUGUACAACAAUCCAAAUUUAUGUUGAUCAUCUCAAAAAUGCAAUUUCUUCUUCCCUCUGAGGAAAAUGUAAGUAGUUCCUAACAUUCCUGUUAAUUUUUAAGAUUGAUUUCCCCAGUGAACUAAAAUUGAUUGUCUCUUGUGUGGGUGAGUGGUUCUGUACCUGAACUUACAUAACAUAACUGGUAUGGUUCUUGGCCUGACAUCUCUUGCCAUUCAUGUUUUUAGAAGGGUUUUUUGGAUUACAUUUUCAUCUUUAUUCUUCUAGAGCCAUGAUGAUAUGUGUAUUGUGAAUGUAAGGGAAUAAGGGAGGAAUGGCGCACUUCCCAAGCUGUUGAACUUAGUAUGGCAUGUAGCCAGAGCAUCUAUUCUGGCAUUCUAUAAUGGAUGUGAUACAAUGUUUGCCAAUUUAGCAAUACACCCUGUUAUAUAAUGUUAUAGUGUCUGGUGCUCCAUGAAUAUGGUGAAUGGGAUAUUUUUCAUAACAAUGAGAACAUCAAAGAAGGUGGGUUGUCCCUACAUGAUCACUGAUCUACAGAUUUUCCUAUCCCUCACCUGUUCCCUUGCAUAAGCAAAUCUACUGCAUUUCUUGGACUUACAGAAGUCCAACACAAUCUCAGUUUGGGUUCUAUGUUUCAGCCACAUUCUUAUAACCUUUCUCCUCCCCUUGGGAGUCUUUCACUCCCAAAUUCCUUCAUCCAAAUUAGCAGUUGUCCUCAUAACACCUGCCAUUAUAAUGACAAGGAACUGGUUACAAAGAGGUUUUCUUCUACUGUUCUGCAGAUAGUUGUUACCAUACCAUGUAGAUAUAUACACACAUCUUCAUGCCAGAAAAAAAUUAGCACAUUAUUCAUUAUUACCUUUGGUGUUUCUCAUCUGCUCCAAAAUAUGACAUGUGUUGGUUUCCUUCCAUUGCACCCAUCAGAAAUAAAUAUAUGAAAGAUCAAGAACUUAAAUUCCUGACAAAUGAUGAAGGACCUAAAUCCAUCCAACAUGUUUGUAUAUCCUCUUCCAUAAGUGCUUCCCUGCAAUUAAAUACUGAAUAUACUAGGUCUAUCCAAGUGGAAAACUUCCAGUAUACUACUGGACUGCUCAAAUACGAAGAAAGUAAUUAGUGGGACGCUAGUUGUGUCCCCCAAGGGCUUAUUUCCAGUUUGUAGCCAAAUAGGCUUCCAAGCCAUAAUUCUUGUUCUUAAUACUCCCUACACCCUCACCACUUGAAAGUUUGGUUUGGGUAAUAACCGCCCAUUAUAGAUCCAGGCAUAAAACUUCAUUUCUAUUACAUUUCUGGAACCCCUCAGACAAAACUCAAUCAUCUCAUUCUCUGAAGACUGAUUUUGAUGGUUUGAAUUCCCCUUUGUAGAGUUUUAAAAUUUCCUGAUUCCAUUUAUCAUAGGCAAUAAUGGGAAUUGUCAUAUCAUCCUAUAGUUAGUGCAGAUUACAUCUUGACAAAAUGAGAAUACAAUGUAGUAACAAAAGUCCACUGAAAAUAGAAAAUCUAAGUAAUGAAGACUGAAUAUCUAUUCACACAACCAAAUCAGCAAGGUAGUAGACCAGUCAGCAAGGAUGGGCAUUCCCUGACAAUAAAAUAUACUUCUGAUUUUAUUUAAAAUUACUUAAUCUGAAUGCAAAAGCCAACAUUGCCAUCUGAAUAUUAAGACUGAUAAACUUUAAAUUAAGUUAUAUUGACCAUUUCCACAAUGAGUGUAUAUAUUGAUUGACUUAGUCACAUGUCUUACUCAUAUGUGGUAUGCCAUUUCAAAGUUAUUAGAAGUUCAUUAUGGAGUAUGCUGGAGUGGCCACCUUCUAGAUGUUGGAGAGGAACAUGUUGGCCCUCCGUGGAACCUUGGAAAGCCAUAUCUUCCCCAUACCUUGUUUUUUUAAAAUGUCUUUUAAAAAUAUUUAUUUCUAAAUUGGCUUCCUAAAUUUCUCCAGGACCCAGCUGACUUCUUGAAAUUGUCUUCUUUAGGCAUAAAAUGGUCUACCUUCCCUCUGGGAAUUUUCCCCCAUAGUCCCUAAAAGGCAAUAUAUUUAAUUUUUAGAAGAAAGUAAGAGGUUCUAGGGGAUCUUGGGACCUUCCAAAAAUGCUCACAGGAGGCCUCCUGAGUCCUGCAGACCAUAUUACAUCCCUUUGAUAUAUGGAACAAUUUUACCAUGUGCCAAACAUAGUUUGAAUUCAUUCAGUCAGCAAACAACAUGCCAAUUUGAUAAUUUGUAUUGGGCAGAUAAUAAAUUGUAUUUUCAAUCAGUCACAUAAUUUUUGAUUUAUUUAAGCUAUCACAAAUCAUAAAUUCCAGUAUCUUGACAUUUUUGGAAGGUUGAACUGAUUCCAUAGUGAGUUGGCUGAGCUUCCUUCAUCAGCAUUGGUGUUUGCGGAAGCACAAAAACACCCUGAUGAAAAGCUGAGCAGUGUAAAUGUAUUCUCACAUAACAUCAGCAAAAAGCCUGGAUAUGUACAGACACAUCCCAAACAGUACCUUUUAGCAAACAUUUUGAAUCUUUUGUCUGAAACAUGCAUUUUCUCAAAGCAGAAACAAUGCAACAUUUCCUAACUUUUUUUAAUGUUAUGUACUCAUGCUGUGCCAUAUAUGAUACCAUCCGCUUAUUUGAUUGCGGUUAUAUGUAAAUAUAAGUGUACAUAUGUAUAGGCGCUAAUUACAACAGCUAUAUUCAGGUUGGGGAAGAGGGUAUUUUUUUUAUAUGUACAGUAUUUCCAUAUUAAGCAAGGCAUGGGGUAGGGGAAGGGGAAUUGACUUAUGAGUUGUGGUUUUCCUUGGUCUGUGGUGUUUGAAGUUGUUUCAGUGGUUGCUUUUGCCAGUUUGGGAAGUUUACCUGAAUGUUCUAUGUGUGUGCUAAGAAAGGGACUCAUGUUGGGGGAGGUUAGGGGGCUGGCAGUGGGUGGGGAGGAAAGGGUGUUAAUAGUUUCCUUAAUUAGAACACGUAUUGAUUGCUAGAGAAUAAAUGUUUGAGAUUAUAUGUCUGCAACACCAGACUAUCCCUCCCUUAGGUUGUCUGUUCUUAUGUUUUUCCUCUUCUCUCUGAACGCGGCCAUUGUUUUGCUCUCCCUAAUUCUGGGAUAUUAGCAUCACCCACCAUUUCAAAGCUUGUUUCUUUUCCUCAGGUAUUCAGGAUCAUUAUGUUUUCAUUUGUUCUUUCUAAAUUAUAAGAAAGACUGCUCUUCUAAUACAUCUCUAUAUCCUUUUCAGAUGGAGUGAUGGAUCAUUUUGAAGCAUCUGCUUAGCAUCUGUAUUAGGAACUUGUCUAUGCUGAGUUUGUGCCAAUUUUCCUUACUGGAAAUAUUCAGAUCUCGUUAUAAAUUUGCUUCUUGAUUUCUUUGCCCCACCAAUAUUGAUAAUUUGGUCACUCCUUUCACCUUUCUGAUCUCUCUCUCUCCCUUCCUGUGGUUAUGUCUGUGUGAGACUUGUGAAGAUUUCCAAGUAGCACACUUUUGAGGUACAGAUUUUAGUGAUAAAAGCCAUUGUGGAUAUGUAGCUGGAUUUUUUUUUUUAAAAAAAAUGAAUCCAUAAGCAUGUGUUUACAGGCAUGUGUUUUCAACAUCAAAAGUCACUUAGGUCAUUUCAGGAUUCAUGUGGAACUGGUGUUGUCCCCAGGGUGUUGGAAUCCAGGAAAAUGGUCCUUGGAUGUUUGGAAUUCCUACUUCCUGAGUAACACAUUGAGUCUUGGAAUAAGACCAGGACUUCUCAGCCAUGAAUUUUACUGAGUGGCCUAGUCUUGGCCAGAUUCCUGAUUUAUCACUAGAAUUAUAGUAAUUUUGGAAAGAUAAGAGUUGUUUUAUAGAUGCCACCCUGCCCUAUGGGUCAGGGUUUUAUCUCAUACUUGAUGUGAAUAAAAGAUAAAUAAUCAUAUUAUCUUCACUCAACCAUUAUAUUGAUUAUUAUAUCUUUGGUAUUUAUCUUACCCAUGGCAACCACUUCUGGUUAAAAUGUUAUUGAACUCCAUCAAGUUAGGCAGUGGCACGAUUGAGCGCCAACUUUGAUUUGUAUUUUAGAAUGAUCUUGUGAGUCUGAUGAACUGUUAACAUGACCAGACAUUACUGAAACACAGACACAUCCCCAAAACUCGUUUUGUGUUAUAUAUAUUUCCUAAUUAUAUACAGAUUGACCCAUUGAUCAACGUUCUUAUACUGUAGCUCUUAGUUACAAUACCUCGUGCUAAUAUGUAAACAGUUUAUUUGUUUAUAAUACAAUGAGCCAUCUUGUGUGCUUAAACAUUAUUUUAGAACAACACAAACAUUUAUAGGAUGGAAGAAUGGAAUUGAUGGGGAAUAACCACUUUUGUCUGAUAACUCAUGAUGCUGGCUAAUUAUGAUCCCUUUCUUAUUUUAAUUUCUUUACCUUUUGUAUCCAUGAGUUACUCUUACCUUCUCUGUCUCCUAUACUUUCUGGCCUGAGGAUACUCACAAGUCAUAUCAAAAACUCUUGGUCAACUUUAAAAAAACCCACCAUAACAUUAUGUUACCAAUCUAAUACAUUUAGAAGACUUUAAAUUAUUGGUUCCUUAUCUCAAUGAUCUUUCAUACUUCAUCAAUAGUUUUUUUUACAAAACUGCUAAUAUUAUAUUACCUAUACUUUCUGUUUAGAAAAUCUUAAGUUGCUGAUAUCUCAUCUUUAUGAUUUUUUUCAUAGUUUACCAGUAUCACUUCUAGAAAUUGUGUGCAUUACUUCCCUAUUUCUGCUUGCUAUGGCCAUGUUUGUAUAGCAUUCACAAUCUACUGACAAUUCAGUUUCUUUUCUGACACUAUUUGUCCAAUAGUUCAAUGUUUCAGAGUUUGCUUUCCUUUCUGAUACCAUGGCAUCGAUUGAAUACAAGUCAUCAGGAAGCUCACAUGCACAAACCCCACUGAAGCAGUUGCAGUGGAUUAGUUCAGAGAUACAUCACUCCAUCACCCUCCAACAUUAGGAGAUUUCACUGUUUCUUAAUCUUUAUCUGUUAAUCCAGAAUUUAAUUUUUGGUCAUAAACAAGAUUUCUUAGCAAUGAAUUCUUGUAUUUUGCAUUACAAAUUGAGAUACAUUAAAGCAAUUGAGAAUGUUGUCUUUUAUUAAAAAGAAAUGAAGAGACAGGGCUUAAAUAGUUGAUCUUCUUAGAAGUAGCUGCAAGCUAAUGAAGAGAUAUCCAAACCUUUUUUGACACAUGAAGAACAAUGGUACUAGUGUUCUGUGAUGUUUAUCUUGCAAGAGGGUUUCUUGCUUUGUGAGAUGGAUGUCUUCUGAAGGAAGUGAUUUUCAGUAUAGACUUGCCAUUUCAACCAUUUGCCUUUUUAGCUAAAAGUGUAUACAUUUGUAUUGUGCCUUUUUGAUUCUUGGUUUCCUAGGAAAACAAACUUUGCUUAAGAAUAUUUCCCCAUGGAAAACCUCUAAUUGGAAUCUAUCAGCUAUUCAGUUCUCCACCUGGUUAUCAUGCUUUAUUCAUGCCAAUUUUGAACAUUACACUAUGUGAUGCUUGUCAAAGGUGUGUUGUUAGUGCCUUUCAUUUCUGUAUGAACAGGGAAGCCUGUUGUAUUGGUUUAUAUUAGUAGAAGUGUCAGCUCAAACAAUGCUUUGCAUUUUUCUGAAUAAUGGAGGAUUCACAAAUCUUUGCAAGCAAAAGGUCCCUGGAUCUUCUCUGUUGGGGUGGGGGGUGGGAGUUUGAGAUCUUGCCUUUUGCUUUCGCUUGGAUUACAUAGGUGACCCACUGUAAAGGCAAGGAAAGUCUCCAUCAUAACAGAAACCAUGAAUUUGCUGCAUUGUUGAUGUUAAUGAUAAUGUUGUUGUUGCUAUUAUUAACAAGUCCAUACAAAGUCUUGAGCAUAAAAAUACUUCUAAAAAUGAACUAUCUGCAGAAUUAAAACAAUUUGAGUCACGCUCUUCAAUAGAUAUAAGACGAAAGUCAGUAGAAUGGCAUAGUAAAAUCCUUGCAGUCAGUUACUUAAUGCUUGUUGAAAUUGAGAACUUUUGACUUCCUGAUGAUCAUGAAGGAUGGAAUUAUCCUAACCCCAGAGGGUGAUAAUAGCUUGGAAGCUGCCACCCAGAUGAUCCUCUCCCGUAGUUCCCAUCAGAUGUAGCCCUGAAGCAUCAAAAGAGCCCCCCCCCCGCCCCACACACAUACAUCUCACUGCUCAUCCAGGUACUUAUAGGUAGAUACAGUCCUUCAUAUAGGCUUGACUUGAGUCACGUGACCAGCACUUUGAAUUUUGGAAAAAAAAGAAGUAGCCACUAGAGUGGUCAUAACAAAUGGAUUGUGUGGCCCUAGUCAUUAAUGUACUUUCAGAUAUUUGAGAAGAGUUUAGAGCAUUCAGUUGUCUCAAAGGCAGCCCCACAUAGAUAGAAUUCAUUACAGUAAUCCAAAGGGGGUGUAACCCAUGGCUAAAUCAGAUAUUUCUUGGAAAAGACGCACAUUGGCUUAAAUGUGUAAAUGUACUCCUGGCCACCUCAGAAAUCUAGGUGUGAUGGGACUAAAAUUAGGUCUCAGCAUGAUGUACUUUUCUUGCUUCUUUGCAGAGGCAAGAACAUUUACUAUUUUUGACUGCAUGUCCCAGAAUUCCCUAAUCAAAAUGACCACUGGGAGUGGUAGUCCAACAUUAGGAACUUUUUAAACUGUUUUUUUUUUACUCUUUCAUCUAACCCCUGGGGCCACUGUGUCAAUGCAAAGGUUUGUAGCAUUUUAGUGGGUCAUAACAAAUACUUUAUAUUCUCUUUUUUGUACAUAAGUGAAAAAAUUGUACAAGCUGAAUCCACAUCAUUCACAGGAGUGCUAAUGAGGUUAGGAAAUUUCUAAGAGUCACUUAGUGAGGCCAAGACAGAGAUGGGUUGUGAAUUUUAAUAUCCUAAGCCUAGCAUGGUCACAGGUCAAAAUGAUAUCUCAGUUGCAAAUGUAUAAAAUUGAAGCUGAAUUCAGCUAAAGCCAGCACAAAUCAUUUUCACCCAAGUUAGGUGAGAACUAGGCCAGAAGCAAAUUAUGCCAAUUUAGGACUUGCAUGUACUGAUGUGUAUGAAUUGAAUUUUCUUCAAAAACAGCUUACGGUGAAUAAAUUUAAUCAUGAAGCUGAAGUUUGAAGUCACUAGGAAAAGAUCCAGCUUGUUGCCUGUGUAGCAAGAUUUUUAUUUACUACUGAUUCUUGGGUUAUUUUACUUGAUUGGAUUUAAAGAGCAUUUUUGUGUGAAAUAUAUUUCUAGUUUAGGCCAGCAUAAAUAUUACUAUACCCAAAUACAAUGUUGCUUUCUUUAAUCUACCAUAUAUUGUCAUCUACACCGUCCUAUCCAGAGUUUCCAAGGAAGAACAUGGAAGGUGUACAUUCAUUCAAAUGACUUUUCCUGACAUCUGAUUUAGAAGGAUGUAUAUUAGGCUUGGGACCAAAUGGCUAACCAGGUCCACUGCCCCAUUUGCAAGUGGCAGGUUUAGGUAGACAUUUCUGUAAUUAUCAUGAGGGAUUUUGUUGAAAUUUGGUGCAGCUAACAGUUUAUUGUUAGUUUUGAUGGUAGUUGGGUGAUUUCUUCCCCCUAUUAUUUUUGGGUUUGUGAUGGCAAAGAUGAUUAAGUAAACAAUCCAUCCUAGAGGGACUUGAAUUUAUUCCUUUCCCUUAUGCUGAAGAGAUUUCUCAAUGGAUAAUCUGGGUGGGCAUCACACUAACCCAUAUGCAGAGAUAGGCUAAGGCAUGGAAGAUAGUGAAUAGUGGAGAUGGGUAUAGUCAUCAAUCUCUGAUUAAUUCUUUCUCAGGAAAGGCAGAGAGGGCAACAACCUUUAUGACAAUCUAUAUAACAAAUUUUUGGGAUUCUUUCCCAAACAUUUCCCCACAGAAAGGAGAGAAUUUUCCCCUUUGCAUGUUGGGUUGCAUGCGUCAUGUCCUCAUUCACAUCUUGAUGCUAAGAUUCUUUUGCUUGGUGCCAACUUUCUUUCUGCCUUUUUGUAGUCACUGUGGUGAAUGCAGCAUCAUUCAACUUCCCAUUUGCAACUUGGAAAAAAUGUCCCAUUUAAAUAGGUCACAUUUUGAUCCUGUGCCAACAUCCAUCACUUAAUGCGUAUGUGUCGCAUUUUCCAACUUGUACUGCCAGGGUGAAAUUUGCAGCUAAAAAUGCUGCUGUAGCUUGAGAUUUGAUUAGAUCUUAAGUUCACGUGUUUCUUUACUGAGUGAUGUAAUUGAUGAAAAGGCAUUCUGCACACACAAGAACCGGGUCCUGACAUUGUUUCUUUGUCAGACUUGACAGGUGUCAUGGGGUCCCAGAGAACCUAAAGAGGGUGGUCUACACUCCCCCCCCCCCAAUUUUUGGUGAGCAAGAUAACUCCUCAUGUGGAGGCCUUGGCUCAGGAUUGUGUGCUGCUGUAAUAUCUACCCCUCCCUGAAACUUAAACUGGGGAAACAGCACAUUAAGCUCCCCACCUGCAUGCUUCACCUCCACUACAAUCCCUCAUCUCUGUUGUAGCUUUAGCUUAACAAGAAACAUUGGGAGACUUCUGAAUGGAUCACCUGGAUACCAUGAGAAUUAGCCCUGGGAUAAAGAGGGAAUGAAAUGGGGAGGAAAGUAGCAAGGAUGAAAGACAAAAGGGGAUGGGGAAAGGAGGGACAGGUAAUAUGAAGGUGAGCAUAAAAGAGAGUGUGUUUCCUUCCCCCCCAACAAUUUCACAGCCCAAUAUUUAAAUCCUUUUAAAAAAGCUUUGGAAGCCUGAUCCUUUUAUACAACUUAUAAAGACAAUGACACAUACUACUGUGAAAUGUGAGCUGUCUUUUAUAUGCUUUUUAAAAAUGUUUAAUAUAAAUCUGGGGCAAGGCAUUUAAAUGGGGAAAGAAGGUAGAUAUUCUCCAACGUAAUCUGCUUAUGAUCUCAAUUCCAGGCUGUAAAGUUCAGAUAGGAAGGUUGAUACUCAGCGUUAAUAAUGUUUUUGAUAGUAGGACAAUUCUGGGAUGCCUUUGAUUGUUGAGCAAAAGAGCUGCACCGUAGCCCUUUGGCUUUCUGCUCAUACAAAAGAUGCUGACUUGAGGUACAGUCUUUGAGAUAUAUAUAUAUAUAUAUAUAUAUAUAUAUAUAUAUAUAUAUAUAUAUUCAAAGCGAGUCAUUCCAAAUUAUUAAAAUAAUGGAACAUAGUGUUAUAUUUGUGCUAUCCCCAUUUGCAGCAGCACAACUGUUGAUGGGGAAGGGCCAAGCGCUGCAGAAAACAGUUCCUCUGUUUGUGGCUUUAAAGGCACACCUGUAAUGCCUUUGCACAGUUAUAAGGGCUCAGUUAAUGUAAUUAAUAUAUAGAUAGAUGGAUGGACAGACAAAUAGCCUGCCUCCUUGUUGACAAUAUGUUUGUUGAUUCAGAUUCGAUAUUAAUGUAGUGCAGCUGUGGAAAUCCUCCAGUGGCAUGUCCAGAGAACAAAUAUAUAUUUUUAAAAAGAACACACAUGGAAAAACCCAGAGUUACAGUGGUAAUGGUCAGUUGUAUCAGUCAUCCUUGACAUUGGAGGGACUGUACUGUCAUUACUGUUGAUGGUUGGGCAACUACUGUAUAUUUUGCCAUCACAAGGCAAAAAUCAUCGUCUGAUUACUCAGAAAAAUUGGUAUCUGUGCAAUACAUGCCCCGCUAGAAAGCAGGUGCUUUAAGAUGAUAAUCUGUAAAGUUUCCUUUCAAAACUCAAGUGGGAAAUUUCUAGCAAACCUUUCUUAGCAGAAAAAGCAAGAUUUGUCUACAAAUAAAGUAAAAUAUAUAAUAAUGUCUUCAGUUUGGAAUGGGGCUUUAUUGAUAAUUUAAAGAGACUAAAAUUAUUAUUUUUAUUUGUGAACUGAGCGAUGGGACCAAGUUAGAAUCUGAAACAGAAGAAGUUCUGAAAAUGAAUGUAACUGUAAAUGUUAGAUUUUGUCUGUAUUGGGAAAGAAGAGGUGUUGUUUCAAAGGAAAAAACUGCCAUUUACAAGCAGACCUUUCCAAAAUAGGAAAUAAUUAUAUUGUGAAACACCCAUAUUCUUGUAUGAUCUAGGGUUGGUUUUGUUUUUGUUUGAGUGGUCAAUUGACUGCCUCAUCAUCUCUUAUAGAUUUUCACAGCUUCCUUGCCCACAUUCUGACACAAUGUCUAAAUAGCCAACUUUGCUCAUUCAAAAUAUAAUUUUGGUAUGCCUGCUUCAAGCAGUGCAUCCUUGAUGGAUGUGCUUCUGACUAAACAUGUUGUUAAUCAGAUAGAUAUUGAUAAGAUUGUGAAUGUGUUUUUAAGGGAUAGUGUAAUCUCAUAAUGAGCAAUAGUAAGAUGUGUAAUAGUGGAGGAAGCAAGAACUAAGGGCACAGUUGAAUUUACAUAGCUAUUAGAUUUAUCUGUCCCUGUUUCUCUUACUCCAACUGGAUUUUCUUGCACCUUAGAGAGAGUACGAAAUUGAUAGCAUAGGCUUUUGUAGCCAAAUCUACUUCUUAUAAGCAUUUACUGUAGCACACAUUUCCAUUCAACCCUGUCCUCCUCUUCACUAUCAAUGGUCUUUUCUUUAGUAUUUAUGUGCUACUUUUGCUGAAAAGCAGGGAGAUGAUAAUUGUCUGAAAUGAUGCUAUUGAAUACUCACAUCUUCCAGUUUAUUUUUUAUUGAAGAAAAGGUGAAUCUAUAGGAUAUCUGCAUGUAACCACUAUGUAAGCUGAUCAUCUGAAACAUGCUGUAUAGUGACAGGAACUUUAGUACAUAUCCUUAUUUUGUCAGAAAUCUGUGACAACAGAAGAACAAUACAUUGUUCUCACCACUUGUUACAACACUUUGAAUGACUGGCAUCCCAAACAAUUACAUAAUACAUUGCUAAGUUACCACUUAGUAAAUCAACGUCUGUAUUCAUUCCCUGAGUGUGCAAUAUUUAUGAGAGAUGAGACAAUGAAAUAGAUGAAAAAAAGAUAUAUGAGACACAUAAUUUCAGUAAGUCUGGAAAUAAUAGCAAAUCUGCUCCAGUUGUGUCUUCUGCACAUGCUCUGUUGCUUUUUUAUAGCGGAGAGUAGCUGUAACUUUUAAAAUAGUGCAGUGGCAGUUGGAGACUUCCCUGUUGGUAGGGCUGUGAAUUUACUCGGUGUUUUAGUUUGAAUGUUAAAGGAGUUAUCCAAAAUGCUAUUCUAAGAUUCAGACUAAAGCCCAAAGUGGAUUCACUGACAUUGGAGUCACCAAUCAGCAUUAAUACAGUGCCUUGCUCAUGGAUCAACUCCACAGUGUAUCUCUUCUGAAUAUGGUUAUCAAAAGGAAUUUACAGUGAAUAAUUAUCUUGUAGAUUCUUCUAUUUGAUCUGUAGGUUACAACAUGGACUACCUUUUAAAAGAAACCAGUAGAAGAAUGGAGAAAAUUUUAUAGAACUCUAUUUCAAAGAAUGGGAAGCAAUGUUUUGAAUUGAUGCUAGUCUGGAUCUUGACUAUUUAAUUCUUAAACAAUGUAUAUUUGUCCAGAUAUUUGGUUUGUUUGAGCAUUAUGUGUAUCAGAUGAGAAAUGAAUAUUCCUCCACAGUGAAAGUCCCUUGAUACUCGGGGCCAAGCUUUUCUCCUGGGCAUCUCCAACCACCAGGGAAAUCUGGAUUCUCUCAAUCUUUUGCUCAGCAUCCAUCAAUGCCUCCUGUAUUGAAUCCUAUCAUCUCCAUUCUACCGAUUUCAUAUCAUUUCUUUUAGUCUCUUCACACAUUCAUAGUGGAAUUAUAGAAACAUGACUGCCAAAUUACUCAUUCUGUCCUGAAAGAAAUAUGUUUAUAUGUAUAUGCAAAUGUGAAACAGUAAUUGACAGCAACAUGAUAGCAGCAGGUGGCAGCAUGGGGUGACCUAAAAUCCUAGCUGCAGUAGGAACAACAAUAAAAACUUUAAAAUAUCUAAAUAAGAUGAAAAACCCUUGAGCUAUUUUGGAAAAUAUUGUGAAUAACUUUUGAUAGAAAAGCUAAUUUUUAUGUAGCUUGAAAGUCAUCAAAAUAAAAUGAUCAAGAAUGGAAGGUGUGCAGAGGAAUUUGUUGCUGAAUUUUAAAAGAGAGAAGAGAAGGGUUGAAUGUGCUGUAUGCGGAGAAAGAGGUGAGUUCCAAUGCAACAUGGUGGAAGGAAUAACCACACUCAUAAAUGUUCCUUUGAUUUGCAUGGCAUAUAAUGUUCUAUGAAAGUGUAAAUAAUCUAUGUUAUUUUUAAUGAAGGUGGUUCCAGAUAGUAGCUUCUCAAACUGGCCAUUGAGCAAAACACAGAAUGUUAGAAGCAACCCUACUCCUCCCAUACCCAACAAGAUUAUUAUAGAAUUAGCUUAGGUACCCAGUAAUCCCCGGUUUAGAUCUGUUGCAAUGAUAAACAUAAAAAGUAUGCAUUGUUGGGUUUGGGAUUUAACAGUGGGCCAUUAGAAAAUGCAUAAGAAUGUAGAUAAACUGCAGCCUCCAUCAUCAUCUGUCAAUGUUCCAACCACACCAGUAUUCAAAGUUGGCCUUCAACUCCCAGAAAUCCUAACAGCUGGGAUUUCUGAGAGUUGUAGGCCAAAACCCCUGGGGACCCACAGGUUGCGAACCACUGGGCUAGGCAAAUACCUCACUGAAACCUACAAGGGUGGGAGGCCUACAAGGGCAAUUCUUUUUUGGUACCUUCUGGCACUUAAAUAGAAAGAAGGGGGAAGAAGAGAGAGAGAGAGAGAGAGAGAGAGAAAGAUUGUAUUGAAAAACUACUUCUCAAACCUACAUUUUGCCACAUUUUUCCAGUAUGCUUUCUAGAGAGAUUUCUCCAUUCUUGAUCAUAUAAUCUGUAUCAUGGGGAGCUUGACCUGAUGCUUUGUGGUUCACAUUCUUGACAUAUAAGCAUAUAGGCUUUCCGGUAAAUGCUGAUGCUAUUCCUUGUGGGCCAGAUAUCUUAUGUUUACAAUAUUAAUUGAAAUGGCAGAAAUUGCUUGACAGAACUUGGAGCAUUUCCCCUCCUGAUACUCAUUUGGGGUGGCUGUAACCCCAUACACAGAACUCAGUUCAUUUUCUAUAUAUUCCCCUCUCCCUAUUGGUUACAUUAUUUUCUUAAAAUAUGGCAACCCUGAGCCUGAAGGCCAAACCUACAACCAUUUACAGAAAUAUUGAUUUACUCUUGAAGCACUGUGAAGAAAUAUGGUUUUAGGGAGACUCCCCUCUCCCCCCCCCCCGACUUGUCCUCGCUGCUGUGACAGACCUUGGUGUCAUCUAGAAAGACUAGGGAGGGCAAAGCACAACCAGUAGGUCAUCUACAGCUUUGACUGUUGGAUUUCCAUUUGCUUUCCAACCAUUCCUCCAGAGCUUCUCCAAAGUAAAUGCUACUGAAUAUGUUUUUGGGCUAUAUCUUUAAAAAGCAGCUUAAGCUCUAGAGUGGAAACCUCUGGCUUACUGGCAGACCUUUGCAAAGAGAGGAGCUCAAGCAAAAUGUGCAAAAGGUGUAUGGUCUCUUUUCUUUGAUUGUGAAGAGGAAAAGCAACAACUACACCAACCAUUCAAUCCAUUCUUUUUUUCUGUCAAAAAAGGCUGGGCUUUUGUUAGGCCAUGGCAAUAUUUGAAAUAAGGUUCCAAAGUCUAACAUUCCAUCUUGCCCUAUAAAAGUCCUGGUAUGUCCUAUUUAUUUACAUGGGUUUUGGGCUGGUUAUCUCUUGUUAGCCAGUUGAAGGAAGGGGAUUCUCCUCUAGGUAUAUGUGCUACCCAGAUUUGCUCCAUUAGGCUUUAGAGCUUUUUCAAUAUUUUAGGAUGAAAAUCAGCAUGGUAACACACUCAUAGCACUGUGUUGAAAUGGACAAACCAAAGUCCCAGGGCAGUGUAAUGUAAUAAUAAAUGAAAGAAUUGGCAAUCACUCCUUGCUGCUUUUUAACAGGAAUCAGCAUGGGAUUUCUUGAAGUGACUGCAUUGCCCUGCCUGCUUAAUGUUGACAGGCUUUUUUAUGUUGUGAUACUGCUCCCCCACCACAUGUUCAAGAUCUGUCCUUGGUCCUUAUAUAAGGAAGAAUGCAUGUGCAUAAUACAGAAUCAACUUCUCAAGAAAUUCCUAGUCUUGUGGAAGAGGAGAUGGCAAGUCAUGGAGCAGUCCUUUAGGCAGCAUCCCCAAACUGUCAGCUGGGCAAUUUUCACUAUCCACAAGUAGGUACUUGAGCUGCCAUCUGUAUAUAUGCAAAAUUCAUCCAGCAAAUUUGGCACCUGAAAAAAGAUUUGAACUCAGGACUCUUCUUGAAAAAAUAUUCUGGCCUUGGGUUGAUUUCUCCUCAGUGUCUUUGUUACAUGGUUGCAAAGUGGGAAUUGAGCCAGUAAAGACUGGAUUUUCAAAUUAGCAUCACCAUAUGAAAAAGGUAUUGAAGGCGAUAGGGAUCUUGCGUAAAUGUUUCAUUCCAUUUCAUGAAUGUAACUAACAAUCUGUUUGAGAAGGUUACUGUGGUUGUCUCUGUUCAGAACAUUCUGUUGUGGUGGUUAAUCUGAAAUGCCUUUCCAAUAAGUCUUGCUGCAUAGUUAGAGGCGACUGCGACGCUAAGUGAAGUUUUUCCUUUGCUUUUCAAAGAUAGGUCUAGGUUGGCAACAUGCCCUAAAGCAGCCUCACUCAACCUGGCACCUACCAAAGAUGUUGGACUAUGAGCUCCAUAAUCCAAUGGCCUCACUGGCUGGGGGCGAUGAUAGCAGUCGUUAAGCACACCUAGAGGGUGCCUGGUUGAGGGAGGCAGCCAUAGACCAAAUAGAACAGAUAAGUAUGGGAUUAUCCCUUCUCAAUUGUUAUGUGUGGUGAAGAAUAACCCUCUAGCUGAAAACAUCUUGCUGCUUUUCCUAUUCUAAUCAAACAACGAGAUAUACCCCUCCUCCGUUUAGAGAAGAAUGGCUGUCUUUAAGCUGUUAAGCUGAAUGCCACAAAGUGGUUCUUGCUGCUCUGCGGUGUGGAACGGAGGCCUGGACGUCAAAUCCUCCAGCAGCUCAAGGUUAAGUGCAGGCCGCAGAAAUGCCCUUCGUCAGCUCGCUCUCUUUCUAUUAGCUGCGGGGGACACUGUAGAAUUUUAAGUAUGUUUCUGCGUGUGAGCAGAACUCUCUGAAGAUAAGUAAUGUGGGAGAUUGUGUACGUGUGCUUGCAUGCAGAAGAACCACCAAUUCUUUCAAGACUUCUUUCAAGGAGAAAUUUUUCUCAUCGCUCCAGAAACUUAAGACAAAUAUUUCCAACACUUUCUAAGCCAUGUUUCUGCUAUGGGGGCUGGAGGUGCUCCCCUAAUUCAUCUUUACUUCCAAUCACUGUGUUGAUUUUGGAUGUUCUGUCACUUGCUCAGUAACGUCAGUCUCUGAUGCCUGCAUGGGUGGCCCAGGAGAGUGAAGUCUGAUGCCUGUCAUGAUUGUCCUAGCUCAGAGAAAAGAAGGUUAAUGGAGGUCGUGAUAGUAGUAUUGUGCACAUCUGAUAGUGAGGGAGGGCAACUGCAUUUCAGAGCCACUGAGGAGCAAAUGGAAGGCAAUGGAUAGACAUUGCCUAAACGACUUAGAAUACCAUUGAGGCAAGGUUAGCACUAUUCUGACUUACAGCAGUAAGCUCUGGCUGGUGGCUAGGUUAGCUAGGGGAUUUUGGGAACUGUAGUCCACAUACAACUCUUCUAGGUUCUGUUCAAGCUAUAUAAAUGUGUUGUGAUUUUUAGAGUCAUGUCAUCUCUCAAAGAAGCACAAACAUAACUUUGAGAGAUUUCUACCCACUUAUCUUCCCAUUACCACAACUCAAGGGAUUCACUGGGGGGAAAGAGAAAUAUAAUUUAUAACAUCGAUAUGCCUAUGGAGUAUAAGUAGGCAAUCUGUGACUGUUUGGAAUUUCUUUGAACCUACAAGGUUGUAGCAGAAAACAAAUCUUCACUGAAUUGUGUGAGGACUAAAUUUUGUUGAAACUAAGUCAGGCUGGAGAGACCAUGAAGGCUACUUUUUCACAUUUUGACUGUGCCAAAAACAAAUUAAACCAAAAGGCAAGAGUACAAAACAGAUUUCAGCAGACAGAGAAGUCCACCAAAAUUUACCUGCAUACACCCCAGAGUCAAUGGAUUAGAGUUUGUUUAAAAAACAUGACUGAAUUUAAAACGUUUCUAUCCCUUUUAUCAAUAUUGCCUGUGGCAGAAUUUCCAGAGUUCUGAUUCCUUUUCCUUCUAAGUAAAGGACUCCUUUGGAGCAUGGAAUUAAGGAGGUAGGAUCAAUCCCACACAACUAAUACACCAACAAAAGCUAUAUUAAAAGACAAGCAGGGAGGCAAGAAGGAAGACAAGGAAGUGGAUUAUCUGCACAAGCCCUUGAAAAAUCACCCCCCCCCCCACUCUACCAUCUUGAUUAUAAUUAUAUGUUUAUGUAAUAUCUAAUUUAUUUAUAUCCUACCUUUCUCAUGACAUGGGAUCCAAGGUGUCUUACAAGAAAGCAAAAACAAGAUAAAGCUAAAAACCUGAUGCUGAAAAGCUUAAAAUGCAAUGAAAGAAAAUAUAUUAAAAUCCUGUUAGUACAAAAUCAUUUCAUAAAUAUAACAUGGAUGAUGAAAUAUAUUGCACACAAACACUCAUGACAUAAAGAGUCUCCAUAACAAUUCAACCAUCAAAUGCUGUUUAAAUAACAAGGUCUUUUCUUGGCAGCAAGAAAGCAGAGAGGUGACCAGCCAACCAUUCUGCGGAAGGGUUGCACUUACUGUAUGAUUUAUAUUGUAAGCCUCCCCGAGUCUCCUGGGGAGAGGGGGUGGGGUAUAAAUAAACUUUUAUUAUUAUUAUUAUUAUUAUUAUUAUUAUUAUUAUUAUUAUUAUAGUCCCACAGCUUGGGAGCAACCACUGAGAAGGCCCUCAGUGCUGUGUCCCCCCUGGAUGGGCCAGUGCCAUGAUGGGAUGGAGAGAGAGCUCUCUCCAGCAGAUCUUAAACCUUCAAUUUCAUGUAGGUUGAUAUGGUCUUUUAGAUAGUCUGGACCACAACCAUAAUGGGUUUCAUAGAACACAGCCAGCACUUUGAGUUAUGUGCAGAAAUGAACCAGCAACCAGUCAACCUAUUUCACCAAGGGAGUUGUAUGUUCCUUGCAAUCAGUCUCAGCCACUAUUCUGGCAGCAGCACUUUAAAGUUUCCAAAUGGAUCCCAAAGGUAGCACCAUAUUAGAGUGUAUUACAGGGACCCAAAUGGGAUGUUAUGAAAGCAUGUGUCACUAGCCAAAUCACAUGCAGCUCACCACAAUACAAUACCGCAACUUGAAUGCUCCGACAGAUACAUAAAAUGGUGCCCUACAUGAAGUUUCUUUUUUUCCUGUCAAGCUUAGAAUUUUCUGUCUUGGGUUUGAAGCAGAGGUAUCACUUCACCUUACAUGCAAUUCUGUGUAGACCAGAGGUUCUCAACCUGGGGCCCCCAGAUGUUUUUGGCCUACAACUCCCAGAAAUCCCAGCCAGUUUACCAGCUGUUAGGAUUUUUAGGAGUUGAAGGCCAAAAACAUCUGGGGACCCCAGGUUGAGAACCACUGGUGUAGACUGAAGCCUCAAAGUCUGAAGCAAGCCAACAGUCAGGCAUAAAAUAGAUCUUUCCUAAACCUUCCCAAUAUAAAUAUUUGCAUUUGAAUGUCAUCCUUUGUCACUGAUUUUAUCAUACUCAAAUGGUUGCUAGACAAGUGCAAACCUCUCUUUUAAAGUCCUUAUUACCCAGACAUUAACUUUAAAUAUGUUGACGUUAGAAUUUACAUUAACACAUAAUUGACAGUCGAUAUCAUUUAUGUACAUUAUGUAAAUUAUUUUGAAAUUAUGUAGUAUUUGUUGAUGAAUAAACUGGGUUUAUAUAAACAAUAUAGAAAAUAAUAACAGAAUGAAAAUUAGGGGCACAAUCCUGCAAAGGUUAAUAAUGUUGGUAAUAUGUGACAGAUUACUGACAGUUUUGGCAAAUGUUCUUGUCAAGGGCAUUUGUAAAUAUUCUUUACAUCUCUAGUAAUGAGUGAGCCAAAACACCCUUUAUUGACAUCUAACAUUAGCUAGCUAUAUGGGCUUUCAGGAGGCAGAAUGAGAUUCCUAGGAAGAUCUGAGUGCCAGUGUUUCUAUUGGGCUUGCUCACAUAUGUCAUUCACAUCAAGUCAUAAUGCUGUUUCUUCUUCUAAUGAUGGCUUAGUUGUGUGACCUGUAAUAACAGAUCCAUUUUCAUAUUCUGCAGUAGUGGGUAAGUGGCAAAUCAAGUGGUCAUUGUUACUAAUGGUAAACACUCUCAGCUGCAGAUAUGAAUCUAUUUAUUUGUUGAGCGUUGUCUACUAGCAUUUCAUGAGAUUCAUACCAAAUGGGCUGGGAUACUUGCAUAUGUUGCCACCAUUGUGUCAACCUAAAAAAAGAUAAACUCUUUAUCUGCAUGUUAUAUUGCUGAUAGAUAGCCCUGUAUUAAAGAAUAUAUUAUUAACCCUAAAUUGGUUCCUAGUCUCUGAAGAUCCCGGCCUAUAUCCAACUCUUAAUUGAACUCUGAGGCUUUCAGCAAGUUUUUGUCAGAAGGGACAGUCCAGAAUGUGCUAGACUGUUCCAGCUGUCUGCUAGCAUUUCAUUUCAUGCCAUCAUCCCAGUCAUUUAUAUUGGACAGCAGCUCUUAAAUGCAAGCAGGGAAUCUGUUUCCCAGUCUGAUUUGCCUCCUCUGUACAUGGACUUCUGAAUUACUUUCACUGUGUUGGCAUGACUGUGAACAGCAGCUCUUUAGGUCCCAUUUGAUCAUGGGUGGUGGUGAUGGGAACUUACUGCUUGUGGCUAUAGUUUGUAUCCUCUCUCUGGUAAUCUUUGUAUGAAAAAAUACAGCAAGUUUCUAAAAGUAGGCAGUGAAACCACUAAACCUGGAAUCUGCUUCCCAGAGAAGAACUCGGAAUUCUUCUGCCUCUGAGCCACUUUGAGUUCACCUAAGUUUCAGCUCAAAACCUUCCAGUUUUCUGCUGGAUUUAAAUGUAUUAACUGUCCCUAUCUCUCUCAAACACAUGCAGUGACACAAACACAUCACUUGCACAGCUCUUUUCUUAAAUCUUACUGUAAGAAUUUUACCAUGACAGUUAAAGUGAAUUCACAGUGCUCUAACUGUACAGUAUGGGUCCACUAUUAUUUGCAAAAGUGUGCCUGGAAUAAUGAAAAUUCAUGCGGUUGUAUGAUCAUUGGCUCAAUUUUUUUCAGCAUAUUUGCAGCAUUUCAGUCCUAAUGAAACAGGGACUGAGGAACUGGCUGGGUGGGUGGAACUCUCAGUCCAGGGGCAUCACAGAGAGGUACUACUGGCUAUCAGACUUAUAAUAAAUAAUAAUAAAAACUUUGUUUAUAUCCCACUGUAUCCCGCUAUAGGGACUUAGGGUGGCUACCUUAUUAAUGAGUUUGGCCUUUUGAGGGCAAAAUGAAGAUAAAGAGGCAAGGACUGGUAUUCACCCCUCUUUGGGUUGGCAAGUGCAGUUGAAGGGCUUCCAUUCCUCCUCUUUUCACUGCCUGAUUAUGGAAAGCAUGCAAUUGCUUUUUAUUAGGGUUGACUGAAAUAAAGUCUGAGGACUUAACUGCGUAGCAAACUGUUAUAGGUUGAGUAUCCAUUACCUGAAAUAUUGAGGACCAGAAGUAUUUGGGAUCUAUUCAAAUUUUGAAAUACUUUUAUUUGCAUAUGCAUACAUAAUGAAUAUCAUGGAGAAGGGACCCAUAUCUAAACAUGAAAUUCAUUUACAUUUUAUAUAUAGCUUACACUCAAUUUUGAAUCAUUUUGCACAUGAAACAAAGCUUGUGUACACUGAACACCAGAAAGUAAAAAUGUCAUUAAUCCCUUGUGACCAAUUUUAGAAUGUUUCAGAUUUUUGCAUUCCAGAUAAAGGAUGCCCAAUUUGUACAAGGACUGUUCACCAUCUGCUCCCAUUUCUAAACAAUCUGUGUGCAUUAUUAGAGCAAUGUAUAAGUUGGUACAGGUACUUCAUUUCAGGGGGCAAGUGUUGUCAACACAGGGCACUCGUAAAGAUUUUCUUACUGUGGAUUCAUUUUAAUGUUCUCACCUGCAAACAUUCAGCAAUGGAUCAUUUCUUCUUAUCUAGUUUGCUUUUAGCCCAGUGUGAGCUAAGCUGUUCAAGUUCAGUUGGAGUGUUGGGGCACAGCUAGUUGAAUUCCAGAGAAAAAUGUGUGUGUUCUGGCCGGUGAAUUUAUGAGCUCAGACAUUUAGGUAAGAAAAUUCAGCUUGUUGUCAGACUCCAUCAGAUAGCCUUAUUGUUGGUUUUUGAGGACACCUAUUUCGGUUUCAAGCCAACUUGCUGAAUUUAUGGAGUUAUAUUUCAGAUGUUUAAGAGCAUAUUCAAAAGGCAUAUAAAUAUUCAGAUUCAUUUAUCCUCUUUUUUUAGUAUUAAUGCAAUAAUAAUAAUAACAAUAAUAAUAUAUAUUUAUUACCUGCCUCUCCUUGUGGCUCAAGGCAGAGUACAAUAUGGUUGAAACAGAGAGACAAAAUACAAGACUUGUGCUCCAAACUGAGAUGUGUUUUGAGUGCUUUUUGAGCCAUCCCAAGUUCCUCUGGGUGAUGGUGGUGGGAUAUAAAUAAAGUUUAUUAUUAUUUAUUGUUGUGGCAUUAAAAUCACCUGAAAUAUAAUAAAAUGGUUUUAGUUGAUAAUUUAGAUUUUUCCAGCACUCCAAAGGGUUUAUCUUUUUAAAAAACAAAAAGAACAAGAAACAUUAUUAUUUUCAUUCUGAACCUUGCAUUUUGUUUGCACUGAAAAGGUACUGUUGGCCUCUGGGACAUUGUGAUUAUGACACUUAGAUUCCCAGGCAGUAAUAGCAUAGAAAAUGUCUUUGAAAGUAUGGUGAGUGUGUAUGUGUGUGAUGAAAUCAAGCUUAUAUUACAGUACAGGUUGGAAAUGAUGUAAUUGUCCCAAUGGCAAAUGUACAUAUUCAGUGUUUCCACAUUAUGUUUCAAGGACAUAGGUGUGAUUCCUAAGAGAGUUGGCCUUUUACAUCCAUCAAUUCCCACAAUUUUGGUGCAUAAUGUGAAUGUAACAACAUACACUUUAAUGUGUUGAAGUGCAUGGAAACUAUAGUGUUUAUUAGGGGUGGUCAGAUUUUAGGGUUGCAGGAUAUAGUUUGAUUUUUACUGAAGUUUAAAGACCCACUGAUUAAAUCCAUGGGAGAAAUAGUAGGUAAGGCAGUUGCUUAUAUAUUUCAAAUGUGUAGGAAGACACACAAAAUCAAGGAACAAGAAUACUCCAAGCAUAUAACAGGAAAUCUCUCCUCAUAUUUUCGAAACCCCACUCCAGCAUUUUUAACUGUUACUAACUUGCUAGGGAUCAUAAACUUGCACAUAAGCUAUAAAUCAUCUAAAGAACCAAUAGCUGAUCAUGUUCUACUUUCUGCCUGCUUCUUGUGUAUUGCCAAUCUAGAACAUGAUGAUGACGACUAAUGCUGUUGCUUUGCUUUUUGUUUCUAUUUACAUGUUACAUCCAACUUAACAAACUGAAGUCCAUCCAUGUUCAAAAUCAUAUCUGUUAAGUGUAAUCUUCCAUUUCAUGAAAUCAGUUGUCUUAAAUUCGAUGAAGAUAUGUCUAACGGGGAAAUGGUGAGCAAAGUUGAGAUGUAAUUGCAGACAGAGAUUCCCAAAAGGAAGCCAGGGCAGUGGGGAGGGGGGGAGGAUGGCAUGUUGCACUUUCUUUUACCGAAAAGAGACUUCUUGUGGUUAGUCUGGCAAGUUGCUACUGCUGGAUGUUAAGGGAAAUCCAGUGCUAAAGAAUGUAAAAAAGUGACUUUUUGCUAAGGGAUGGGCCUGAAGGCACAGCCCAAAUAAAGGUAUCUUUCCAUUGAUGGCUCCCACUGGUAACAUGUUUGGGAAUCCCUGGCACAGGAGACUAGUGCCUUCCAUGGAAAAUAGCACAUAUCAUUUUCUUUCUUCAUCUCCUGCUGUUUGCUGAACAUUUGAAAUUCAGUUGGGGUUGUCAACCAUGUAUCUUGAGGUUAUGCUUUUCUUUUUAAAAUUGUAGGGCGCUGAGAAGGUAUGCAAACCACUUUUGCCUCUGUUCCAUUCCUUGGCCCAGCCACAUUCAUUCUACCUCCAAGGGCAAAAUUGAGGUGGCAGAAGUUAGAGAAGGGCAAACAAAUGAAAAUAUAAUGAAUGGCACAGAGGCUGGAUGGUCUGCAUCCUUCUUCUUCUUCUUCUUCUUCUUCUUCUUCUUCUUCUUCUUCUUCUUCUUCAAUGCUUUGGAUCUUUUCAUGUGGUAGGUACGGUUGGUAGGCAACAACCCUAAAUUAAAUGCCUGAGCCAAAUGAGAUGGGGGCAAGAUGGUCCUGGGGGGUGAUUUUAAUUUAAUACUUUAUCUCUUGGUUGAUUGUUGUAGUUAGUGCAGGCUUUGCAAUUAUUUGAGGGCAGGGAGCUGGGGAGGGGAGGGUUGAGAGUUUGGUAGGGAGAGUCGGGGAAAGCAUGGUGUCCAAUCCCAGCAAUGUUACACCUGGGUUCCUUUCAGAAUGGCCGAUGGUGCUAUUUCACCAUACCGUAUGGACACAUUGCUACAAAUCCUGGUUGGGGGAGGGUGAGACAGAAGAACAACGCACCCUGAAUGCAGGCUUGAAGAUACAAAAAGCAUCCAGUAUGGGGUUGAGGCAGAGACUUGGAAAUGCAAUUUCCUAACACAACUAACGUGGGGGAAGGAGACAUCCUUGUUACUUUCCCAGUGUAGCGUCUUCCCAAGGGAAAGCGCGGUCGAACUCAGGCUUGCCUCGUCUCUCUGAGGCCCAAAUCCCACUACCCCCACCAAUCACUACUCUUCUUUCUCCCAAUCCUCCCUUUCCUAACCCCCCUCUCUGAUUCUUUUUUCUGUAAAUAGCUAUUUCUGAUUUCGGAUAAGCAGGGAUCGAUAGAUUCUAGGAGGGGGGAGGACAAUUGUUUUACUUUUCCCCUUUCUCUUCUUGAUUUUGAUGUUUGAACUUGAAAAAAACAGUAUAUAUAUAAAUGUGUGUGUGAGAGUGUGUGUGUGUGUGUGAGUGUAUACACACAUGGAUACACACAUACACAGAAAAAAAAUGAACAACAGUGACAACACACACACAAACACAUAUGCAGUGAUAUUGUGGAAAGAAGAAAGUUGUUGAUUUCCCCCCAUUGAUUUAUCUUGUUUCACACCGGGAGUUGUUUUGGGAGCAGUUGGGUUUUUUGGGGUGGGUGGGUGAAAUGUAUAGAUUUCCAGUACAGUAUUGCUCCAACAACGAAGGUGAAAUGUUAAAAACAAAAAAACAAAAAGGAGGGGGGAGGGAAAGGAGCAACAAAAAAUAAAACAAAAUGAGAAAACUUUGUGAUGUACAGAAUCUGUAAAUAGUCAAAAGAUUCUUUCUCUUUUCUAACAGCAAAUUAUUUCUGUCACUUUAUAUUCAAAAAUAAAGAAACCUACCACAAAAUAUCAGGGUAAAAAACCACAAAA